AUGGACGGCCUGGGACCCCGACACCCCCAGGUUCUGCGGCCAGGCGUGGGUUACUUUCGCCCGAUCGACCAGACUUCGCAUGGUGGUAACCGCGCGGAGCUGUUCCACGAGGUGUUUCGCAUGCGCACGCCUCAGGAGGACAUGUUCGGGCUCACCCAGGACCAGGCGUAUGCUCUGCUGACAUCCGAGAAGACGGACGAACUCCUUGAAACCAUCAUUUCAGCGUACGAGCGGUGCAAGCGGCACCAUGACUUCGUGGUAAUAGAGGGCACGUCCAUGCGUGACGGCACCAACACAUCGCCCCUCAACGGCCUCAUUGCCUCUGCGCUCGAAGCCCCCGCUCUGCUGCUGUCUGACGGCCAUGCUGCCUCGCAGUUCCACCCCAAGCACACCGAGUCAGGCGGGGUGUUUGAGGACUGGGACUGGGAGAAGGAGGCAGCGGGGUGCAUUCUAGACCAUGCGCGCAUCAUGAGGCAGUCGCGUGUCGACGUGGCGGGGGCGCUCAUCUACCGCAUGCCCAAGACGUCCCGAGGGGCGGCGCGGCUGAGGGAGUACAUCACCCGCGCACACAUCCCCUUCGUGGGGGCCAUCCCUGAAGAUGUCUCACUCGAAUCCUUCCAGGUGGAGGACGUGGCGAGAGUGUUGAACGCACACGUGCUGUAUGGCGACGUGCCUCACAGCAACAACAUGACCACUGAGGUCACGCGCACGCUCGUGGCCACUCUCCAUCUCGCAGACCUGCUCUCCUACAUCCCACCCUCCGAUGACCCGGGCAAGGGCGUGCUUGUCGUUGCUCACGCCAGCCGCCCGGAUAUUCUGCUGGGGAUGAUUGAUUUGCAUGAGACGCACCUCAGCACCCAGGUGGCAGCCAUGGUGCUCACCGGAGGUUCGCCUCCUCCCCUUGAAGUCGACAUGCUCAUUCGGAGCCGGCCCACGCGAGUGUCUCUCCCAGUGCUGCUGUCCCCCAAGGCCACACACGACACGUGCAUCGCCCUCACCAAUGCGCAGCCUGAGCUGCACGCCACGUCCCACCGCAAGAUUGAGCGCGCCGAGGUCAUAUUCCAUGAGAACGUGGAUAUGCGCAUGCUGCACCAGGUGCUCUUCAAGGAGCGCCCCAUCCGCAUGAACCCCAAGCUCUUCCAACACACCAUCUUCGACAAGUCCAGAGAGGCACAGUCGCACAUCGUGCUGCCAGAGGGAGCGGAGCCGCGGACCAUUCAGGCAGCGGGGGAGGUGCUGCGGCGGUCGCUAUGCCGGGUGACGCUCAUAGGCCAUCCCGAUGAGAUCAUCACGGCAGCCAAGCAGCUGCGCGUGGACCUGUCGGGCGCUGAUAUCAUCCACCCGCCCUCUGCCCCCAACCUGGACCUCUAUGCUGAGCUGCUCUACCAAGCCCGCAAGGAUAAGGGCGUGACCCUGAUGGAGGCCCACGAGCACAUGAUCACGGAUCCCAACUACCUGGGAACGGCCAUGGUGGCAGCAGGCGAUGUGGAUGGCAUGGUGUCUGGUGCCGUUCACACCACCAUCGCCACCAUCCGCCCCGCCCUUCAGAUGAUCCCUAAACUGCCCAACACGGAGAUCAUCUCCAGUGUGUUCUUCAUGUGCCUGCCCGACCACGUCUACAUCUACGGUGACUGCGCCAUCAACUCCAAUCCGACGGCUGAGGAGCUCGCGAUGAUCGCCAUCUCGUCCGCCGACACCGCUGCUGCCUUUGGCGUGGAGCCACGUGUGGCCAUGCUGUCUUACUCCACCCUCGAUGAGCGCAAGGAGGACACCAUAGUGCAGAAGGUGGUGCGGGCAACGCAGUUGGUGAAGCAGCAGCGACCAGACCUGCUGGUGGAGGGGCCACUGCAGUACGACGCUGCUGUCAACCCCAUGGCCGCCCACAACAAGAUGGAUGGCAGAGAGUCCGACGUGGCCGGCAAGGCCUCGGUCCUCAUAUUCCCGGACCUCAACACCGGCAACAACACCUACAAGGCUGUGCAACAGGCCACAGGAGCCAUUGCCAUGGGUCCGGUGCUGCAGGGGUUGAGUCGGCCGGUGAAUGAUUUGAGCCGCGGGUGCACCACCAAGGACAUCGUCAACACCAUCGCCAUCACCAGCGUGCAAGCUGCCGCUGGCAAGGCGGCACGCGCCGCUCAAGAGGCCGCCGCUUGA